AUGGUACUAAUCGUCAUUGCAGGAAGAUCAAAUUGCCCCUUUUAUGCCAAAGCAGAGUUAUUAGCCGAUGAGUUAGCCAUGAAUUUGCCCAAUUUUAAGGUACACAAAAUUUCGAAACAUCCGUCCGAAUGGGAAGCUUGGCUAAGACAGACUUGUUUAGGUAUGGGAUUUGAGCAUGAUACCUCACCUAUAGUGUGGCGAGAGUUAGUUGAACGUGGUGGCGCCGGCAAACUUAUUGGCGAUUGUAAUGAUUUUCUAGAAUAUGUUGAAAGUUAUUAUCACUUCUCGUCAAGCAUGAUGAGUGAAGAAUUAACUGUUGUCGCUGAUGAAAACAUGGAAACUUUAGCUAAAGAUCUGGCAGAAGCUAAAAUAGUUAAAAGUUGGCCUUUAAGAGUAUGCAUAACUAAUGCGAGCAGUUCUUUAGUUUACAAUAUCGUCCUUAGCCUUGCUAAUGGUGAUGCUUUCGGAAAGAACGAAGAAUUAGAUUUGCGUUUAGUUGAUUCAGGUGAGAAUUUAGAAAAACUGCAUGGACUUGUCAUGGAACUAGAAGAUUUAGCUGGGCCUCUACUGAGAAAGAUAACAGCUACAGGCCAGUUAGACGUUGGAGUGAAAGAUGCUCAAGUAGUUAUUUUAACUGAUGGAAGCUCCAUUCCUAUUGAUGCUUCUGAUGAAGAUAAGCAAACCAUCAUUAAUGCGAAUAGAGCAAUUUAUCAAGACUACGGUCCAGUUAUAGAAGAGGGCAUAGACAAAGAUGGAAUUAUAUUUAUUGGCGGUGAAGCCGCUAAUUAUCAGGCAUCAGUUUUAAGUAAAUAUGCCCCUAAGGUACCUAAGCGUAAAUUUAUUGCGUUGUCAUCCAGAUUACAGGAAAAUCGGGCAAAAUCUGUUCUCAGCAAUCGCUUGAAAGUUAAUUCAUCAAAAAUUAACAAUGUUAUUGUAUGGGGAAAUCCACAAAUAAAUCAAGUUAUAGAUGUUUCCAAAUCACAUGUAUAUGACUGCGACAGUGCAAUAAUGGGACCAGCAGAUUAUUCAAGAUCGGUUGUGGAAUUAGUUCAUGAUAAUAAGUGGAUAAACGGGACAUUUCAAGCUACUGUCAAAGAUAGACACGAAGAAAUUACUAAACUACGCCCAGGAGAGACGUCUAUUUCAAUUGCUAAUUCUAUUAUUGAACAAUUAUCCGAUUUUUGGCACGGAAAAAACGACGACAUAAUAACAUCAAUGUCGAUCAUUUCUGAAGGUUGGUAUGGUAUUCCGUACGGAAUUGCUUUCUCAUUUCCUGUCCAAUUGAAAGCUAGAGGUGAAUUGCAAGUAGUAACAGACUGGGGAUUAGAUGAGACGUUAAGAGGUAAAUUGGUUGCUAUAGGCAGAGAGUUAUUCAAAGUUUUAAACGCUUCGUCCGAGGCGCAAAGCAAAAAGCCGAAAAAGCUUCAUUUUAUGAUCUAG